AUGUCAUCAAUUGCAAGAGGCAGGCCAUCCCGGCGCUCUGCUCCUCGAAGAAGCUAUGUCAUGUCGGAGACAUCUGAAGAGGAAGAUCCCGGAAAUGUGACCCCCACACCGUCCCAGCCUGACGUUGAAGAAGAGAACGAAGACGAUUACACCCCAGUUCCCAAGAAACCUACCACAAGGAGACGGUCUAGCAGGCGUACGACAGCUGAUGCGCCUGCGCCUACACCUAGCACCGCACGCCCCGCACGAAGGUCUCGCAGGUCGACAACAGCAGAGCAGGAGGAGAUGUCGCAAGUUGGUGAAUCAAAUGAUGAAGGGAGCUCAGUUGCAUCUGUAGAAGAGCCUGAAUCGCCUACACAAAAUGUGGCGGCAACGAAAAGAAGAAGCAUCGCAUCCCGCAGGAGUCGUGACUCCAUGACGCCCAAACCGGAACGAUCCUCAGUCGAACCCUCCGUGUCACCCCAGUCCCAAGCCCGAUCCCAGAGAGCCAGUGUGCCGCCACUCGGCGAUAUCACCGACUCCGCGGUGAACAAGUCCCCUUCGCCCGAGGACACAAAGUCGCAAAUUUCAAUCAUUAAUCCCCAUUCGACCGUCCUCGAAAAGCCGAUGGAUAUCAUGAUGAAGGCGCGCAACUUGGCUCAUCCGACAAUACCUGAGGAACCAUCAGGGCCAAAGAGUCGCAUGGUUAUCAAGACUUUAAUCCUUAACAACUUUAAAAGUUACGCAGGGAAACAGAUCGUAGGGCCCUUCCACGCGUCUUUUUCCUCAGUUGUCGGACCGAACGGUUCCGGAAAGUCCAACGUAAUUGAUGCGUUGCUAUUCGUGUUCGGCUUCCGAGCCAGCAAAAUGCGACAAGGCAAAAUCUCCGCCCUGAUUCAUAACUCUGCUGAUUUUCCAGAUUUGCCCUUCUGCGAAGUCGAGGUUCAUUUCCAAGAGGUCCUUGAUCAGCCAGAUGGAGCACAUGAAAUAGUCCCAGAUUCCCAACUGAUCAUCUCUCGAAAGGCGUUUAAAAACAACACCAGCAAAUACUACAUGAAUGGCAAGGAAACAAACUUCACUGCCGUAACGACCUUGCUCCGUGAUCGAGGAAUCGACCUAGACCAUAAGCGUUUCCUGAUUCUCCAGGGUGAGGUCGAGUCCAUUGCGCAGAUGAAGGCAAAGGCCGCCAAUGAGCAUGAGGAUGGGCUUCUCGAAUACCUUGAAGAUAUUAUCGGAACUUCGAAAUACAAAACCCCCAUUGACGAAGCAGCCGCCGAAUUAGAGACGUUGAACGACGUUUGUGUUGAGAAGAAUAACCGUGUGCAGCACGUGGAGAAGGAAAGAAAUGCUCUCGAGGACAAGAAAGAUAAAGCUCUUUCAUACCUCAACGACGAAAAUGAGCUCACCCAGAAACAGUCGGCGCUCUAUCAGAUUUACAUUGAGGAAUGUGCCGAUAACAUCCGCGUCACGGAAGAGGCUAUCCUCCAAAUGCAAGAACUAUUGAACAUGGAACUUGAGAAGCAUGAGGGCAAUGAAUCUGGGAUCAAGGAGCUUGAGAAAGCUUACAAGCGUGGCAUGCGUGAAUACGAAAACAUGGAGAAAGAAGUACAAGCUUUGGUCAAAGAAAUGGCGAAGUAUGACAAGGAGUCCGUCAAAUUUGAGGAAAAGAAGAAAUUCUUGGUUGGCAAACAAAAGAAACUGGAAAAAGCAAUGCAAACUGCCCGUUUGGCUGCUUCUGAAUGCGAAAGCUUGGUCGAGAAACAUUCUAGUGAUAUUACCAAGAAGACCAAAGAGACAACGGAUCUAGAGAAAGAGCUUAAAGCGGAAGAGGAUGAAUUGUCGGCAAUCCGUGAAAGCUUAAAGGGCAAAACCCAGGGCCUUUCAGAUAAGAUCACAGCCAAACAGAAGUCACUUGAGCCAUGGGAUGAGAAGAUCAACAAAAAGGUCUCCGCUGUUGCAGUGGCACAAAGUGAGCUCGACAUUCUCCGAGAGCGAAGCAAUGCCGGUGCUGUACUCCUGGAGGAAGCACAGGGCAAGGUUUCAUCUAUUGAGGAAACGUUAGCCGCCAAGGAAACCGAUCUUGAAGAGCGGAAAGAACAGAAGGCGAUUCUUGAGGAAGAGGUCGCGAAGCUAAAGCAUGACCUCAAGAAGUACGCCCACAGGGAGCCAGAAGUUCGCUCUCAUGUCUCCAGUGCCCGGCAAAAAGCAGACGAAGCAAGAGCUAGCCUUGCAAGCACGCAAAAUCGUGGCAGCGUACUGUCUGGCCUCAUGCGUCUCAAAGAAUCUGGUCGAAUCGAAGGGUUCCACGGACGACUUGGAAACCUCGGGACAAUCGAUGAGAAAUACGAUGUGGCUAUAUCUACGGCUUGUCCCGCGUUAGAAAAUAUGGUGGUGGACACAGUCGAGAACAACCUUGGCCGAGCCAACUUCAUACUUCUAGAUCGUCUUCCACGACGGGAUAUGUCAGCGGUAUUCACCCCGGAGAGUGUCCCACGUCUAUUCGAUCUCGUGAAGCCCAAGGAUCCGAAGUUUGCCCCAGCAUUCUAUAGCGUGAUGCAGAAUACUCUUGUCGCCAAGGACCUAGAGCAAGCCAAUCGCAUAGCCUACGGUGCCAGACGGUGGAGAGUAGUGACACUCGAUGGCCAGCUCAUCGAUACGUCCGGUACCAUGAGUGGUGGUGGUACCCGUGUUGCUCGCGGUGCAAUGUCGUCGAAGCAGGUCGCGGACACCAGCAAGGAGCAGAGGAAGUUCCAGGCUUUCCAGGAGAAGCAAAGACAUAUCGAGGCGGCGAUGAGAGAGAAGUCCGAGGAAAUCCCACGUGUCGAGACCAAGAUUCAAAAGAUAUUAAUCGAGAUUGAGAGCACCAACCGUAGCCUCGCAGAUGCCCAGCGGCGCACAGAUGCAGCCCAGGCUGCAGCUCUGGAGAAGCAGAUCGCUUCUCUCGAAGAGGAAAUCGAAGGUCUCCGUUCACAAAAGGGAGGCAUUGAGGAAGAGAUCCAAACUCACCAGAACAAGAUCAUGGAGGUUGGUGGUGUAAGACUGCGAGGUCAGAAGGCUAGAGUCGAUGAGAUCUCGAAUGCGGAAGUCGGCAAGUCUAAGAACGAGAAGCUUAUAACUAAACAUCAAAAAACACGUGGGGAUGCUGAAGAGGAGCUCGAGCAUGAUGUCUCCAACCAGGCUAACGACGCAUCCGGCUGGAAGCAAAAGAAGGGAGAGCUCAAGACCGUGAAGGCGGAGUUGGAUGAGAAGGUGGCCGAAUUAAACGAAUCCCGGGCCACGGAAAUCGAAAUGCGCAAUAAGCUUGAAGAAAACCAAAAGGCUCUAGCCGAGAAUGAAAAGCGCGGGCGCUACUGGCACGAGAAACUAUCCAAGUUGGCAUUGCAGAAUGCUUAUACCAAGGAUGAGUUAUUGGAGAUGAAUAAGGAGUCUUUAAAAGCUACUAUUGCAGCUUUGGAGGAGAAGACGCAGAACUCCCCUGUUGACCUCUCUGUAAUCGAAGAGUACCGUCGCCGGUCAGCUGAACAUGAAGCUCGUUCGGCGGAUCUCAAUACUGCCCUUGCAUCUCGCGACAGUGCUAAAGCUCGUCUUGACGGCCUUCGAUCCGCUCGAUUGAAUGGAUUCAUGGAAGGCUUUAGCAUCAUCUCGCUCCGCCUUAAGGAGAUGUACCAGAUGAUUACAAUGGGUGAUCCUUUCUCUGAAGGUAUCUUGUUCUCCGUCAUGCCUCCGAAGAAGAGCUGGAAGAACAUUGGCAACUUGUCCGGUGGUGAGAAGACACUAUCUAGUUUGGCCCUAGUUUUCGCCUUGCACCAUUACAAGCCUACGCCACUAAACGUCUCCAUCGUGGCUUCGUACAUCAAAGAAAGAACGAAGAACGCGCAAUUCAUUGUCAUCUCCUUGAGGAACAACAUGUUCGAGCUCGCAUCGCGCCUGGUCGGUGUCUACAAGGUCAACCAUAAGACUAAGAGUGUAACCAUCGAGAACAAGGAUUAUAUCAAGAGACAGGCAUGA